GUCGACAUUGAGUUUCUGGCAAAUGACAGGUAGUGACCUGCCAAUAGAAUCAGUUGUAUGUAUUUAUAAUGAAUUAUAAUAAGCUGUGUAGAAAAUUUAUACCCGCGACAAAACAUUUUACAAUCAAUAUUAACAUUUUAUAAAAAAGAAACACGACGCUGAUUCUUAAACAUUAUUAUUGUCAUGUGUUAUCUAUAAGUGGUAUAGUUCAUGUGCUCUGAUCAUGUAAACAGAUAUAUUUUGGAGUUCUGGCACAUGUCCUCAUUGGAGGAGUCAGCCAUAAGGAAAGGAAGGAUAUUUUUUCGGGAAUUCCAAUAAUUAAUUUAUUAUGCAUAAACCUCAAGUGAAUUUAAUCAAGACAGUGUAAUAUACAGUUAUUCAAUUAUUACAAAAUUCUUAGGCGUAUGAAGAAUUAUUAUGUAUAGUGUUAAUAUGAAAAUAAAUUAGAUAUAAUGUUACGAAGAUGAGUGAAGUCACAGAAAAUACAAUACGACCUAUUGCAAAUUAUGAAGAGAUUUGUCUGGAUGAAGUACCAUCUGAGAAUGAGACAGAUGACGAGAAUGAUUCUGAAAAUAAUGGAAUACCAGUUGUUGAUGUUAGUCAUGGCACCAUUAUUGUUAAUAUGGAAAACACUAGCAAUGUGGAAGUUAAGCCAACUACACAGUUUUAUGCACCAGUUACCAUUCAUCAAUAUUUAAAUGGACAUCCUCCGUCAAGUCAAAGUAGAAGUCAUCCUAAAUUACCGAUAAGCACAAAUUCCAAUAAUUUACAGGAAGAAUCAAACUCUUCUAGUAAAGCAAAAUUAUCUGAAAAUGCUGAUUCUGAAAAUACUACAGGGAAUAUAGAUUCGAAUGUAUCAUGCUCAAAGACCUCCAAUUCAUAUUGGAAAACAGCAUAUGUAGUAAUCUUCUUAGCUACACUUAUCGUAUGUGCAAUUGUUCUUUAUUGGACAUUAAGUGAUCCUUUGCCAAACGAUAGCUCAUCAUCAUCUUGGAUCAAAGACGAAUCCGAUUAUGCCCUUGGCAAUGGAUUUAAUAUAUUCACAAGAAACAGAUGGGGUGGACGUCCCAUCAUAAAUGAAUCCAGCAGACCACUCGCUCACCCUGUGCCCUAUGUUAUUAUAGGUCAUACCGCAAGUAAUUAUUGUGACACAGUUUCAGACUGUUCGUCACUGUUACAAACAAUUCAAGGUCGUCACGUAUCAGAAUUAGAAUUCAUAGAUAUUGGUUACAAUUUUUUACUUGAUGGGUGCGGCAAUAUUUAUCAAGCUCUUGGCUGGGAUAUCAGAAAUUACAUACGAAACAAUAGUAUCAUGAUAUCUGUUAUAGGGAAUUUCAUUUAUGAUAAAGUUAACGACAAACAUCGAGACGCCGUACAAGCUUUAAUAAAACGUGGAAUAGAACGAAAAAAGAUAAGUCCUAAUUAUCGUUUGAUUGGUCAUAAUCAAACCAGUGCGACAGAUAGUCCAGGAAAGAACUUGGCCAUUACAAUUAAAAACUGGCCACAUUAUUACGAUGGACCAAUUGUUUAAACAAUGCCAAUUAGACAACUCAAGCAUUUCAUAAGUUAUAGAGCAACAUAUAUUUAAGGAGAACAUUCCUGUAUUUUACGCUUGCAUAAUAAUUCAGGCUGCCACAUUUUUUUUUAAUACUAUACUUUGAUUAAUUUCACACGGUGAUAAAAUUAUUAUUGGGGUUUAACCGUGCAAUAUUUUUUAUCAAAUCAUUAUGACACAUUCAGUUAGCUCCACAGCACAGCCAGUAGUUGAGGAAGUCGAGCAGCUUUAUGUCUACCAUAAUUAAUGUACAAUUCCUGCCACAAUGAUCCUUGUACUUAUAAAUUCUGUUUCUAGUCAUCUUUCA